CUCCCGGAAAAGUGCGCGGAGGCGCACGCCGCGCACGGAGGGGUGUGUCCCGGGAGGCACUGCGGAACGCGGCGGGGCGGGAAAUGUCCGGCCGUCCCCGCCCCUUGCGCCGCACCCGGAGCCCAGCGGGGUUAGUGUCCCCGGCCGGCGGAGGCGAUGGCGGAGGCGAUGGCGCCGGCGGCGUCGAAGCUGAGGGCCGAGGCUGACCUCGGGGCAUUCCCGCGGCGGGCUCUCGCCCAGUAGCUGCGCCUCCUGCGGCUCUACCCGGUGCUCACCAAGGCGGCCACCAGUGGCAUUUUGUCAUCACUUGGGAACUUCCUGGCCCAGUUGAUUGAGAAGAAGCAGGAAAAAGAAAACUGCUCUCAAAAGCUAGAUGUCAGAGGGCCUCUCAGAUAUGCCAUUUACGGGUUCUUUUUCACAGGGCCGCUGGGUCACUUCUUCUACCUCUUCAUGGAGCACUGGAUCCCUCCCGAGGCCCCCUUGGCAGGCGUCAAGAGGCUCCUUCGGGACCGCCUCCUCUUCGCACCCGCCUUCCUGUCAUUGUUCUUCCUCAUGAACUUCCUGGAGGGGAAGGACGCGACCGCCUUCGCUGCCAAGAUGAAGAGAGGAUUCUGGCCGGCGCCAGUGAACUGGCGAGUCUGGACUCCAGUGCAGUUUAUUAACGUCAGCUACGUCCCCUUGCAGUUCCGGGUGCUCUUUGCCAGCUUGGCGGCUCUGUUCUGGUACACCUACCUGGCCUCUCUGGGGGAGUGAAGACGACCGGGAGAGGUCCUCAGACACACUGAC